AACGCAAUCAUUACUGCAAGAUCUAGGUAGUCGUGGUUCUCUAGAGUGGACCGGUAUUUUAUUAAGUUAAGUUGGCCAAGCCUGGGUCCAUCCAGCAGGAUGAUGGAUGCUUGAUGACGAUCGGGGACAUUUCAGGAAGUCAGCUGGCAUUACUGCAGUGUUUAGUGCAAUGGCAAGCUCUCAACCGCUGAUUGUUUUGAAAAGUUUGUUGAGGGAAUUGAGAUAUCUUAAUUUACAGGGAGUUUUACAGAGGAAACCUGCAUAUUGUUAUGUACUAGACCAGUACAGAAAGUUUCAGGUGACAAGCGAGAAAAACUGCAGAGCAAAAGAUGAAGCUGAACAUAACGCACAUACAUUUAACUGUCUGUUGAGGAGUGCUAGAGAACUGCAGGAAUUGAAUGCAGCAUAUUCCAGAGGCGAGCGUACUGUAGAAGAGAGUGCAAAUUUGGUUGGACUUAAACUACCAGAAGCACCAAAACCACUUCAGUAGAAGUCCAGUCCAGUAUGGUUAAGUUUAUACAGGGGUGGCGCCAGCGGGUGCUGGGGGCUGGCUUAUUUAAUAAAUUAAAUAAGCCUUUAAAACCCCAAAAUUGUCCUCCGUCGGGCAAAUCCUGGUGCCACCCCAGAGUUUAUAUAUAAUGUGAUUAGAUUGCUGGUGGCCAUUGGGCCUAUUGGCUAAUGUACUAUGGCACAUUAAACAACUUCAGCAGGUUUCUUAACUGACCGCUGACCACUAAGCCAACCUUUUGAAUAUUGUUACUAGCGUCCCAAUAUUUAUAAA